UGAAAAUUCUCACAAGCGAACUGCUAUACAGUCUAGUUGCAAUCACAGACCAGGAUUCAGACAAGCCUGCAGAUUAACAGACAGAAAUCCGGAUUCGGAAAUAGGCAAAAAUCGUCAUUGGAAUGGUGCUGGGAUUUGAAAUUGACUAGAUUUUCAAGUUGAGUGGUGCGGAAUGAAGCUCGUUUUUGCAGUGAUCUGCGCGUUGGUGCAAUACACUAGUGGUGCAGGGCUCGAAGUGAUGUAUCAGUGGAAAUACCUGGAUUGGGUCUAUCCAAAUGUUGCCCUUUCUGGAAGUGAAUUUAUUUUGGGAAAUGCCUUCACUCAAGAUGUAGAUGUUGAUAGAAUUGGAAGAGUCUUCGUAACAAGUCCAAGAUGGCUCAAAGGUGUUCCUAUUUCACUUUCUACUUUGUCCAACCUGGAUGGACCAGGUGGUCCUUUGUUGAUUCCGUAUCCUGAUUGGUCGUGGUUUUUGCCCGAUACCUGCAACAGUAUCAUUUCUGUAUAUAGAGUUGCGAUUGAUGAAUGUAAUCGACUUUGGGUGAUUGACAGCGGGCGACAAGAUUCGAAACCUGUAUGUCCCCUAAAGGUCCUAAUCUUUGAUCUCAGUAAUGAUCGUCUAAUUCAUAAGUACAUUAUACCUGGCUAUCAAACAUUUAAUGGAAAAGCAUCCUUGGUGACACCAGUAGUGGAAAUUGGGAAAAAUUGUUUAGACACGUAUCUUUAUAUAGCAGACGUGGAGCAAAAUGGUAUAGAAGUUUAUGAUUUAAAAGCUGAUCGUUCAUGGAGAUUGAAUAAUACAAGAGGAAAUGCAUUUGGUCCUGAUCCUGAAAUUGACGCUAUGUUCAUUACAAUUGCUGGAGAGAAAUUUGACUUGACUGAUGGUGUAUUAGGAAUGUCAUUAUCACCGGAAGGAUUUUUCGAUAAAAGAUAUCUUUAUUUCAACGCGCUGGCCAGUUAUCAUCAAAAAUUCACAGAUGUGGAUUCGCUAAAACAAGGAGAAUACAGGGAGCCUCUAGUUUAUGAAUCAAUUUACAAGCGAUCGAGUCAAGCUGGUGUACAGGCGACUUCUCGACGAGGGGUUUUAUUUUUCCAACUGGUCCAGCAAACCGCUAUUGCUUGCUGGAAUAUCGAAAAACCGUUUACACCGGAAAACGUCGUCACGAUCGCACAAGACGAGGAAAAGCUUCAGUACGUGAGCGGUAUCAAGGUUAUUGUAAACAAGUACGAUAUCGAGGAGUUGUGGUUCAAUACAAACAGGUUGCAGAAAACAAUAAACAUGACCUUGAAAUUCAACGAGACCAAUUUCAGAGUUAUUCGUGGUAGUGUCGAUGAUAUUAUCAGGGGUACCAACUGUGAACCCGGCGUUUACAGGCCAAGAGCACCUGAGAUCUCCACUUGGAAGAGAAUAUGAUCUUAAAAUUUAUACAAGGAUGUUAAAAAUUGUUACUUAGUCUGAGACUGAUUCAUUAUGAAAAUGCAUUUUCAUUAUAAAAUGUAAUUAUAUUGUAUAUAAACAUUCCUCUCAUUAAACGAAUUGAAUCAUAUAAUCUUAAGCAAAAUUUAAAGAAUAUGUUUUUAGAAUUUAACCA